GUGAUAUUGAUUUGUUUUACGAAAAAAAGAAAAAUGUAUUAUUUAAUAAUUAGCAUAUAUGUUCAUCACUGUUGGUACGCGGUGCUUUGUCGCGUGGGAGUGGGACUGAGAGGGUAAACAAGUGGUGGAACUAGUUCAGUAGUACGAACGCAAGUUACACAAAUGCCCCCGUGAAGACCCCCUUUCCUUUGCACGUGCUUUCCCAUUCCAUGAAAUUGCCCGUUUGUGUGAAUUCCUAAAAGAAAAUCUCUCUCUCUCUCCUCUCCUCUCUCUCUCUCUCUCUCUCUCUCUCUCUUCCGAGUCUGGUCGCCCAAAUCACAAGCAAAGGAACUCUUAAAUAACCAAUUAGCAAACGCGCCUCCAAUCCUGUUAUCUUCUCCUGCACCAUUUCCCUCUAAUUUUCUUCUCCCCUUUCUCCUCUAUUGAUUUCUCUCCAAAUGGCGCCGGCGCCGGCGGUGGCGGAGCGAAUUGAGCUCGCCAAGCUCUGCAGCUCCAAGGAUUGGUCAAAGGCUAUUCGAGUUCUCGAUUCACUCCUCUCCCAGUCAUGCGGCGUUCAGGACCUGUGCAAUCGAGCCUUUUGUUAUAGCCAAUUGGAGUUGCACAAGCAUGUUAUUAAGGACUGCAAUAAGGCGUUGCAGCUUGAUCCUAAGCUUCUCCAGGCCUAUAUUCUUAAAGGUCGUGCAUUCUCUUCUCUGGGAAGGAAAGAGGAAGCUCUUUCAGUUUUGGAGCAAGGAUACGAGCAUGCUGUUUGUCAGUCUGCGGAUUUGAAACAGCUCCUGGAGCUGGAAGAUCUCUUGAAAAUUGCUAAAGAAAAUGGCUCCUGUCAGAAUGGUACGAUGGAGUCCUCUGAGUUGUCCUUUCCUGCACGUGGAUCUGUUGUUUCCAGAUCGAGUGAAAUAUCUGACAACCAUGUGAAAUCAAAUGGAAAGAGUCAACCAAGCAGCAAGUUAAGCAAGCAAAUCGAGGCUCACAACAAGUUACAAAAUGGAUCGAGUACUGAUGUCCGAGGAGAAAGUGUUCUUGACAGUCAACCCAAACCAAAAGAUGAAAGUCAUCCAACUGAAACUAAUGUGACGCACACCAAGUUGAUGAGGAAGUCUGUAUUGGAUGAUUCAUCUGAAUCAGGCACUGGUUCAUCUAUGGUUUAUGGUGAAUCUAGUGAUUUUCCUGAUAUAUGCAGUGAUUCAUUUAGCUUAUCAGAUAUUCACAAUGAAUUAAUGGAUGAGGCCAACAGGAGCAAAAAAUUUUGCGUUGCUAGGAUAUCAAAGAGCAAGUCAAUUAAUGUGGAUUUCAGAUUAUCAAGGGGAAUUGCACAGGUUAAUGAUGGAAAAUAUGCUUAUGCUAUAUCCAUUUUUGACAAGAUACUACAAGAAGAGCCCGAUUACCCCGAGGCCUUGAUCGGAAGGGGAACGGCAUAUGCAUUUCAACGAGAACUACAUGCUGCUAUUGCUGAUUUUACAAAGGCAAUACAAUCAAACCCAUCAGCAGGUGAGGCUUGGAAACGCAGGGGGCAAGCUCGAGCAGCCUUGGGAGAAUCUGCUAAGGCAAUUGCUGACUUGACAAAAGCAAUGGAGUUCGAACCAAACUCAUCUGACAUAUUGCAUGAAAGAGGAAUUGUAAAUUACAAGUUUAAGGAUUACAAAGCUGCUGUCGAAGACUUGUCAGCAUGCGUAAAAGUUGAUGUGGAUAACAAAUCUGCAUAUACCUACUUGGGUUUGGCUCUAUCUUCUCUUGGUGAAUAUAGAAAGGCAGAAGAGGCACAUAUGAAAGCUAUCCAAAUAGAUAAAAGUUUCCUUGAGGCUUGGACUCAUCUAACUCAGUUCUAUCAAGACGUCGCAAAUGGAGAAAGGGCUCUACAAUGCAUUCGUGAGAUUCUAAAAAUUGAUGGAAGGUUUGCCAAAGCAUAUCACCUGCACGGGAUGCUUCUACACGGGACGGGAGAGCACAGGAACGCCAUCAAGGAAUUAUCAAUUGGAUUAAGUAUUGAUAGUUCGAGCAUUGAAAGUCUAUAUUUAAGAGCUUCUUGUUAUCACGCCAUUGGAGAAUUUAAAGAGGCGGUUAAAGAUUAUGACGCAGCGUUGGAUCUCGAAUUGGAUUCAAUGGAAAAAUUUGCACUCCAAUGCUUAGCCUUCUAUCAGAAAGAAAUUGCAUUAUACACAGCUUCAAAGUUCAAUACUGAAUUUUCUUGGUUUGACCUUGACGGAGAUAUAGAUCCCCUCUUUAAGGAAUAUUGGUGUAAAAGGCUGCAUCCUAAGAAUGUAUGUGAGAAAGUUUACAGGCAACCCCCUCUGCGAGAUUCUCUGAGAAAGGGAAAGCUGAAAAAGCAAGAAUUCUCCCUCACAAAGCAAAAGGCAGCUCUUUUACAGGCUGCAGAUUCUAUCGGCAAGAAGAUCCAGUACCAUUGCCCUGGAUUCCUGCCCAACAGACGUCAGUAUCGAAUGGCUGGCCUUGCUGCUAUAGAGAUUGCACAAAAGGUUGUAAAGGUUUGGCGUUCUCUACAAACUGAAUGGAAGAUAUCUACUAAAGGUGCAUCAAAACAUGGGAAAAAAGUCAGGAGAAAAGAAAAACUCAACCCUCCUAGUUUUAACAGAGGUGGGGCCGGUUGCAGCACAAGCAGUUUUCUAGAAUCAUCUACUAAUAGUGCAGUAGAAGAUAAACCAUAUGGACGUCCUUCAUUGCCAUGGCACGCUAUUUACUCGUUGGCUGUCAAAUGGAGACAGAUCUCUGAACCAUGUGACCCAAUUGUCUGGGUUAACAAGCUGAGUGAGGAAUUUAAUUCUGGAUUUGGAUCACACACCCCUCUUAUUCUCGGGCAAGCCAAAGUUGUACGCUAUUUUCCAAAUUUUCCGAGAACUUUUAAUGUUACCAAAGCUGUAAUAAAGGAGAAUAAGUAUGUGCACAACAAGAAGGACCAUCUCAUCAAUCUCUAUGAAAAUGGGAAACUGCAAGAAGUAAUGAAUGCAGAAUCCUGCUCAGAUCUUCACAGAGUUGUGGGCGAAGACUUUUGGUUGGCUACUAGGUGCAACAGUAUGACAGUUGAGGGAAAGCGUCUUGAAGGAACUAGGAUCUCCCUUGAGAAAACGGACCAGAUGGGGUACGAUUUUGCUAUCAAAACACCUUGUACGCCUUCUAGAUGGGAUGACUUUGAAUUGGAAAUGACUUCAGCAUGGGAGGCACUCUGUGAUGCGUAUUGUGGUGAAAAUUACGGGACAACAGAUUUUGAUUUGCUUGAGAAUGCGAGGGAGGCAAUUUUAAGGAUGACCUAUUACUGGUAUAAUUUCAUGCCACUAUCUCGAGGCACUGCUGUAAUUGGGUUCGCUGUGUUGCUUGGACUUUUUCUCGCCGCCAAUAUGGAGUUCACCGGGAACAUUCCGGAAGGUGUUCAGGUGGAUUGGGAAGCAAUACUAGAACCCGAUCCUCAUUCGUUUAUAUCUUCUGUAAAAAGUUGGCUAUAUCCUUCUCUCAAGACUAAUACAUCGUGGAAAGGGUACCCUGAUGUGGCAUCGACUCUCGAGACUACAGGAUUAGUUGUUGCUGCUUUGAGCACUUAACUCCGAUUGAGAAAUUCUUACAGAGCUCCGAACAAGAUGGCUUGGCUUGGUAGUAUGAAACAAUUCCUUUUCGUUCGGCAUUCUUACACAAGGGAAUAAUGUUUUCAUACUUAGGUAGAGUAAAAUGUACCAUUAAUUCUUCAGUAACUGUUGUAUAUCAUGGUUUGUAACUAUAGUUUUUCUUGUAAGAUAGUGUAACUCUUUUUUCCUUUCUUUCUUUUUAAAAUUUUAAAAUUUUCGUUUGGAUGAAAUAAUUCAACAAUGAAUUUUAAAUUCGAAAGUAUCAAUUUGAACUAUAUUUUAGAUUA